AUGUCAACAAUCUCUUCUUUAUCAUCUAGUCAUCUAAUAUCUCCGCAACUUUCAAUUUAUCCAAACACUCAGCUAGUAGUUUGUGUUAAUCCGGCAGAAGAAUCAAAACAAGAUUUUCUUCCAACUCCGCUGAUUACACCACAAAAUUCGAAUUCAUUUGAUGGCGAUAAUACUGCUUCAAAUGCCAAUUCACAAGAUUUUAUUCACCGACUUUGCCAUCAAAAGUCAAGAUUAAUACAAUUAUAUGACUGUGAAAUUGCACGCCAACAGCCAACAUCAUCAUUACUUACAUUUCUUGAUAGCAUAGAUCAAUUAGUUAAUGAAUACGAAAACUAUAAAUCUACUAUAGAUGACAUUGCAAACAGUAAUAAACACAUAGAGGUUGAUCAAUCAUAUUCAAAAUUAAUAAAUUUAGAUCUUUCUUCUCUUCGCGAUGUUGUUGUUCUUAAUCAAUUACUCGUUGAGCAAACUUCAAAACAACCUGAAAGAGUUACAAAUAAUAUCAAUGAUGAAACAAUGAAUUGUGAAUCAAAUGUACAUACAGAUUACGAUGAUCAUUCAUAUUCAAAAGUUAGUCGAAACAAUAAACAGACAACAAAAAAAUCUACAAUACUUCAACUUAAACGUUACAAAUAUGAAGGGUGUUGUCCUUUAACAACACGAACUUAUGGUCUCGAUCCGAAUAAACAUGGUAUUCGUCAUUUUCCAUGUACACGCGUUACAGCACCAAUUAAUCUUUAUAAACAUUUAAUACAGUAUCAUCAAUUAACACAUUCACCAACAAUGCAAAUUGUACGUCUACUUGCUGAUGAAAAUGAAGAAGGUGAUAUUGAUCUAUUUUCAUCUCAAUCUGCAAGUCUCAUUGCAACACAUCCAACUGUUUAUCGUGCACAAUGCCCAUUGAAUCAAUAUGGAAAAUUUGGGAUUACAGCUGAACAUAAAAUUCGUCUUUGUACACAGCCUAAUCAACCAAUUGGGGCACCAUUAAUUACACCAAAAGAUGUUUGCCUAUAUGAUCAUUUUGUUGUGUAUCAUCAAAUGAAACGUUCGUGUGCUCAACGUUUAUCUGAAGCCAUUGUAAAAAAUAAGCCUGGACUAGUGUUUCGUCCCGAUGAGCAAUUACUAAAUGAUACAUUUUAUAUUCAAUGUCCUUUACGUCAUUCGAAAGCUAUUUGUUGGAAGUCACCGAUUUCAUCUCGUCAUAUGGGUCAACAUUUAACUGGUAUACAUAAACUUGAUGAAGCAGCAAGACGUCAAAUAAUGAUGGCACUUCGAAAACAGCCAGCAUCAUCACCCGAUAAAAAAAAUAACUAA